AUGCGUAUCUCAAUUAUCGCAAGAGGCAAGGACACCUGCGACGCCGGCUUCACCUACUUCGAAUGCGAAGAGGGCUAUCGCGGUUGCUGCCACUUCAACCCUUGCCCUGGCAACACUUGCCCGCGUGAGUCUCGCAAGGACCAGCCAGGCAAGACUAUCGCAUCCGUGGCUGCGCCUGUUCUCAUCUCUGCCACGUCGUUGGCGAAGAAGUCUAUUGUCACCAGGACCUUAACCAUCACAACACACCAGUCUCAGUCGAUGAACAUCGUGACUACCACCGUCUUCCUGGCUGAUUCUACGGUUCCGGGAGGCGCCUGGUACACUGACCCAAAGGGUCGACCCGCCUCGUCCAUAACUUCUCUGGGCCCAUCUAUGGACCCUACAGACACUCCGGCCUUUAACAUCCCUUUCACCUCCGUCAACCCUCAGGUGUUUACUACUUCGACAUCGACCGCUUCUCCUCAGCCCGAUUCUGAAAACAGCCUCUCCACUGCCGUACAGGCCGUGAUCGCUGUCUCCAUCUUAGUCGUGCUUGUGGCAGUAAUUACUGCCUGGUUCCUCUGCACCAAGCAAAGAAGGAAGCUCCGAGGUUCGCGGGAGUCUAUCAGCUCCAUCGGCAGAGAUGGCAACAGCACGGAUGGGAGCAGGAAUGGCUCGAAGGAGGACCAGAGCAAAAUACCCACGACUGCCAAUCCAAUCCGAUCCGAUGAUGGUUUUUCUCCCUUUGGAGGAUACUAUGAGGAGCCUCAGAUUCGCUUCAACCGAGCCAGCAACACGGGCUCAGACAGAAUGAUGAAUCACCCGACCGGUCCCGAUACUCGUGCCUCUGCUCUUCCGCAGCCGCCGUUGGCUGAAAUCAUGAGACCCAACACAGCCAAUCCUGAUCCCAUUUACUGCACUGCCAGUGCAACUCCUGACUUCGUUUGCCGCACUGCCAAUGCGACGCCCGACUUCAUCUGUCGUACUGCCAACGCAACUCCUGACUUCAUAUCUCGCCUUGGCACGACCACCCCUGAGCUUCACGGCCCUCCCCAGCAGGCGGCCAUCGCCGAGCUGGCUUCGCCAGGUCUGCCCAGGGUUAUCGAGAUUUGUAGUACUCGCAGCGGUGCGCAGAUAUACAAGCCGUACCGCCCGAGUACCGUUUUGUACCCUGUCGCUGAGAUCACGCCGAGACUUCUCACCGGAACUCUGAAGCCCACCGUGGACGAGCGUCUUGAAGGUCGACAUGUGAACAGCUGGACUAAGUGGGAUCCCAUCGCUUGA